AUGGAUGAAAACAAUCAAAAUCCGUACUACCCUAUCACCGACCGCCAGCGCUAUCCUGCUUUGUCUCCUGAGAAUGGAGAUGUUCAUGCUCGUCCCAACCAAAAUGUUGAUCUCCAAUUUCAACACCAACAGCUUCAAAUGCAACAUGAAGAGCUUCAGACUCAAUACAACCAACUUCAAAUGCAGCACAAUGAUCUUCAAACCAAGCACAAUGGACUUCAAUCAAAUUAUAACCGACUUAAAUUCCAUGUCCGCCGUGACCCACUUGCUUUCCAACGUGUAAUCCACGCUUGGAAGCAAGAUCACGAUUCCAGUCUGGUUGAGCAUGAUGAUGAGUAUGAAGCGCCUGUUGCAAAUGCUGCGCCUGUUGCUGAUCGUCGCUACAUUACAAGAAGCAUUCAGAAGACUGAACCUGUUGUCAAGGGAGAACGUAAGACUGAACCCGUUGUCAAAAAAGAAUAUCAAGUUGCAUCCAUUAUCAAGGAAGAACCCAAAGCUGCACCCUUUGUGAAGCAAGAACCUGUCGAAGAUGAGCACUUCCGUCCUACACCUGAUCGUGAAUACGCUCCCAGCUCAGCAGGCUCCUCCGAUGAAGAUAUGGAGGAUCGAGAUUACGAACCUACUCCGGCACCAGUUGCUCCAGCUACCUUUGCACGUCUAGUUACACGUCCAGCUACCAUUGCACCUCCAGUUCCACGACCAGUUGCACCUCCAAUUCCACGUCCGGUCACACGUCUAGUUGCACGUUCAGUUGCACGACCACUUGCACGUCCAGCUACCGCUGCGCCUCCAGCUACAGUAGCACCUCACGAGCUUAGAUUUACCAUGAAGAAGGAUCGUGAAGCAAAUAUGUCGAUCUACCAUCGCAAGGAGUUUGCAUAUUGCGAAAUCGCCAUGACAGAAGAAGAGUAUUGCCAUGUUAAAAGACAAACUUAUGUUGCUCCACAAACUCUUUCUACGCCAGACAAUAAUGGUAAAACUGAGGGUCGCCGGCGCCUUCGAAUCACCUGGGUUGAGAGGGAUCGACUUAAUGCUUGGCGUGUGAGACAUGGACGCAAACCACAUGAAAUCUGCGAAGGUACCAAGUAUGCUGCUGCCAGAGAUUUUUGGAGAUUUAACCCCCCUCUCGCCGUCGAGCCACGUAGGACCGUCGAGUGGAACAUGGGAAGAGGAGACCUUCCUGCCAUUUGA